CAAUCGCUCGACUUGUGUGAUAUUUUGUCAUCUUUUCCAUCCAGGCAUUUAGAGAUAAAAAUUAUAUUUUAGUAAAGCGUUACAGUGUUUAUAGAGUGUCCUUCACAUUUGCUAUAUAUUUAAAGUUUUUUGCAUUGUACUCCUGUGAUAAGUCUCGUUAUAAACUUGUGUUAAUAAAGUGCCAAAGAUACAAAAUGAAUACGGACGCUAGAACACCAAAAACAACGCCUAUAACGGAGGACUACGAUAUUUCCAACACAGUUCUAGGCCUCGGAAUCAAUGGAAAGGUGGUGAAGUGCGUGUCGAAGCGCACGGGCGCGAAGCGUGCGCUGAAGGUGUUGCACGACAGCGUGAAGGCGCGCCGCGAGGUCGAGCUGCACUGGCGGGCCAGCGGCUGUAUACAUAUCGUUGAGAUAAUCGACGUAUACGACAACACGUACAACGGCAAGCGCUGCCUGCUGGUGGUGAUGGAGUGCAUGGACGGCGGCGAGCUGUUCCAGCGCAUACAGGAUAACCGCGACGGCGCCUUCACCGAGCGACAGGCUGCUGAGAUAAUGCACUCAAUCUGCGUGGCGGUGCGUCACCUGCACGACUCUAACAUCGCACACCGUGACAUCAAGCCGGAGAACUUACUGUACACGAGCAUGGCGCCCAACGCAGUGCUGAAACUGACCGACUUCGGGUUCGCCAAGGAGACCCUCACGCCGGCUGAUACGUUGCAGACGCCGUGCUAUACGCCUUACUAUGUGGCUCCUGAGGUGCUCGGUCCGGACAAGUACGACAAGUCGUGCGACAUCUGGUCGCUGGGCGUGGUCAUGUACAUCUUGUUGUGCGGCUUCCCGCCCUUCUACUCCAACCACGGCCUCGCUAUAUCGCCCGGGAUGAAAAAGCGUAUUCGACUUGGACAGUACGAUUUUCCUGAGCCCGAGUGGUCCAACGUCUCGUCCGAGGCCAAGAACCUGAUCAGAGGCAUGCUGUCAGUAGAUCCAGGCAAGCGGCUGACGAUACAGCAGGUGAUGUCGAGCCCGUGGGUGCGGCAAUACACGAACGUGCCGCAGACGCCGCUAUACACGCACACGCUGCUGCGCGACGCCGGCGACGCGUGGGCCGACGUGCAGGACGAGAUGACGCGCUCGCUAGCUACUAUGCGCGUUGACUAUGACCAGGUCCAAAUCAAAGCGCUAGAACAGAGCAACAACUCCCUCCUGAACAAGCGGAGAAACAAAGUGGGUGCCUGAGACACGUCAAUUAGUACUUAAUAGUGACCUUAUACCGGAUAAGGCAGACUGACACUAGAGUAAUACCACAACUACGACCUGGAGUUGGCCGCACUCAUUAGGAUGUUGUGGUUACAAUAGUGACACCUCGUUGGUGCUAAAUUGACCAAACAUAAUUACCACAGAAG